AUGGCACUUUCUUUGGAACAACUUGCCCAGGAACAAACGAUGCGAUUUUUUUUGUUGCGAUCUCAAGCAAAUAGAUACGGCAAUGCGUCGCGGAGGCAACGAGAGUGGUUCGACAAUGGAAUUGCGCUUCUUCUGCCACUUAUUGGUCAAAAUGAAGAGGCUUUCGAGACACUUUGCUGGUAUUUCCGAAUUUUCAUGCAACGUCUUCAGGAAGUUAAUCCUCAAGUAGUGAUUCCACAGCUCACGCCCUGGAACGAAUUCGACCGGAACACUUUGCCAUAA